AUGGCAUCUCGAAGAAAUAUUAACUACAGUCGUCUUGCUGAUGAUGAAGAUGAUUCUUAUGAUGGUAGCGGAGAAAGGCAAAAGGACCGUCGAUUUGACUAUACACCUAAAUCUUAUGAUAAAAUUCCAUGGAAAUCCAUCAUCCUUGCACUUUUCCUGCUCUCCCUGGGAUGCCUACUUCUCUUUCUUUCAUUCUUCAUUUUCACAGGUCACAUGGGAGGAGACCGUUCCCAAGCAUAUGGCCUUUUAGGACUCGGAAUUCUUACCUUCCUGCCAGGCUUCUAUGAAACUCGAAUUGCAUAUUAUUCCUGGAGAGGUGCCCAAGGCUAUCGCUUUGCUUCAAUUCCCGAUUAUUAA